GAACUAUCACUUCACGUAAGAAAAAUAAAGAAACAGUUGCUCUGUCAUUUUCAAACGAUAAUCAAUCAAUAAUUGAUGAUGAUCUACAAGUAAGUCUGAGUCCAGGUUCAAGAACUAGUACUCCAGAUAGUUUUCAUGAUAUGUUUGAAUCUUCCCAUCAAGAUAUCUCAUUAACUGCGUCUUCAAGAACAUUACCAGCUCUAGAAUCAAGAUUUAGUGUUCUAACCAGUUUUUUCAUUUUCAUAGAAUUGCGUUUCAAUCUUCAACAGCUGCACCUUCAAACUCAUCGUUAG